CAUCACGAAAUUACUGCCCUCUUGCCUAAAAAGAAAAAUGCAGACUUGCUGACUUUAUUUUUUGGAGAAAUGACUGACUUGUUGACUUGACUUAAAUAACAGGAUGUGAAAUUGUGGAUGCAUUACUCCGAUCAGCUAUUCGUCUUCCCUCUGUCUGUCUCUCUCUUAUACAAAGAACACUUUCCAUUCAUUUACUGAAUCCAGCUUUGUUUCAAGAGGGUUUUCGAUCUUUCAAAGUAUAUUUCCUACGGAUUCCAUGAGCACUCAAGGAGGGUCAACGUUAUCACUGUCUUCUUCUUUGACACCCCGGUGGAAACACGAUGUGUUUCUCAGUUUUAAAGGCGAGGACACCCGUAAUAGUUUUACGGACCAUUUAUAUACUGCUUUGAAACAGAAGGGCAUUUUGACCUUUAAGUAUGAUGAGAAAAUUGAGAGAGGAAAAGCUAUUUCACGAGAGAUCCUGGAAGCAAUAGAAGAAUCGAGGUUUUCAAUUGUCAUUCUCUCAAAAAACUAUGCGUCUUCGAUAUGGUGCUUGGAUGAGCUUGUUCAAAUCAUCAGAUGCAGUAAAGAGAGGGGAGUGACAGUUCUGCCGGUUUUUUAUGAUGUGGAUCCAUCUGAUGUACGGAGACAGAGGGGAACUUUCUCAAUUCCUUUUGCUGUAUAUAUGGAGAAGAUUGAAAUGUGGAGAGCUGCUUUGACUGAAGUGGCGAAUCUGUCUGGUUGGCUUGUUCAGGAUGGGCAUGUGUCAGAAUUAAUCCAAAGCAUUGUGGAACUCAUCUCACAAAAUCUGAGUUCGAGUUUUUCCAGCAUUACCAAUGACUUGGUAGGAAUAGAUUCUUUAGUGGAAGAAUUGAUCACUUCAUAUUUAGAUCUUGGGAACAAUGUUUGCAUGAUUGGGGUUUGUGGUAUGGGGGGAUCUGGAAAGACAACUCUGGCUAGAGUUGUCUAUGGAAAGUUUCGUGGUUAUUUUGAAGGUUCUUCCUUUAUUGCUAAUGUUAGGGAAUAUUCAAAAAAAAUUGAUUUGCUUCAAUUACAGCAGCUGCUUCUAGCAGAUAUUUUGGAGGAAAGAAAUAUAGAUAUAAGGAAUGUUUAUCACGGAGUUGACAUGAUCAAGAGAAGGCUAUGUCAUAAAAAAGUUCUAAUUGUUCUGGAUGAUGUUAAUAAAUUGGAUCAACUAGAAAACUUGGCUGGAGAGUGUGGCUGGUUUGGAUUGAAGAGUUUGAUCAUCAUAACGACUAGAGAUGAACAUUUGUUGGUCCAACAUGGAGUGCAUAAAAUAUAUAAACCUAAUGCAUUAAGCAGUGAUGAUUCUUUAAAACUCUUUUGUUUGAAAGCCUUCAAAAAUGAGCAACCCAAAGAAGGUUAUAUGCAGCUCUCCCAAGAUGUUGUUCACUAUGCUAAUGGCCAUCCAUUAGCUCUUGUAACUUUUGGUUCCUUUUUGUUUGGAAGAACAAUGGAUGUUUGGCAAAGUGCAUUGGACAGAUUUAAAAAAAUUCCUAAAAGGGAAAUAUUUGACACACUUAAAGUAAGUUAUGAUGGCCUAGAGGAAAUGUGGAAGGAUAUAUUUCUAGAUGUUGCAUGUUUCUUUAGAGGGAAGAUGAAAGAUCAAGUAAUAGAGAUAUUAGAGACCUGUGGUUUUGAUGCAAGAAUUGGAAUACAAGUUCUCAUGGAUAAAUCUCUUCUAACCCUAGAAAAUGGCGCAUUGCAAAUGCAUGAUCUAUUACAAGAAAUGGGUAUGGAAAUUGUUCGUCAAGAAUCACGUGAAGAGCCUGGGAAGCGUAGUAGGUUGUGGCUUCGUAAGGAUUUAUUUCAUGUAUUGAUGAACAAUACGGCAACAAAAGCAAUUCAAGCCAUAGUUCUAGAGUUUGGAGGGGAUGGGGCAUAUCGGCACAUUGAAUCCUAUUCUGAAGUUUUUUCAAGGAUGUGUAAUCUUAGAUUGCUUAUAAUUGAUAACGUGCACAUACCAAAUGGCCUCAAUCAUCUUUCUAAUGAAUUAAGACUUCUUGAAUGGCAUGGUUAUUCUUCAAAAUGUUUGCCAUCCAGAUUCCAAUCAAAAGAGCUUGUUGAACUUAAACUGCAGUUUAGCAAAAUUGAAUAUCUUUGGAGAGGCGAAAAGUAUUUAGACAAGUUAAAAUUCAUCGACCUUGAACAUUCCAUAAACCUUAUGAGGACACCUGACUUCUCAGGGGUUCCAAGACUUGAGAAACUAUGUCUAAGAGGUUGCAUAAAUUUGGUUGAGAUCCACCCAUCUAUUGGACAACUCAGUAAGCUUACUGUUUUAAAUUUGGAAUUCUGCCAAUCUCUUAUCAAUCUUCCAAGCAGCAUGGAUGGUUUAAGGUCUCUUGAAGUACUCAUUCUUUUGGGAUGCUCAAAACUUGCCAAACUACCAGAGAACUUGGGGAAAAUUGAAUGUUUAAAGGAACUUGAUUUGACUGGAGCUGCUAUUCGGGAAGUUCCCUCUUCCAUUAGUUUCUUGAUAUGUUGUGGAUGUGAAAAGCAAUUUUUUAAGUCGAGGCUUGAUAGUGUUUUCAGCGUUCGCUUGUUAAAAUAUUUAGCACUAUCUACAAACAACCUUGUCUUUGCCUUGCCUGCAAGCAUCAGUCAACUUCCGAAAUUGGAAGCUCUUAAUUUGGGCAACUGCAUACAACUUCACUCAUUGCCAGAUCUUCCAUCAAAUGUAAGAUAUAUAAAUGCUAAAGGUUGUUCUUCCCUAGAAGCAUCACCAGCAUUGCUCAGUAUGAGCAAUUUGUCGCAACCAUCAAUUUCAUUUUUUAAUUGCUGCAAGCUGGUUGAGUAUAAAGAGGGCAGUGAUGGUCUGGCAUUUGCAAUGUUGAAACGUUACCUACAGGGACUCAUUUAUCCAAAAACAGGAUUAUACGAAACUUCUACCAAAAGGAAAGAUAGAUCUAAAGCUGCAUUCCAGAUAAUUAUUCCCGGAUUGGAUGUUCCUCAGUGGUUAACUCAUCAAAGGAUUGGGUAUUCAAUAAGCAUAGAGCUGCCUCCAAAUUGGUGUAAUAGUAGGUGGAUGGGAUUUGCUUUGUGUGCUCUUUUCAGAAUUAAUUGUUACGGAUAUUCAAGUGAAAGUUAUAGUCUUAAAGGUCACGUGAAAGCCCUUGGUGAUUUGCCUCAGCAUACUUUUAAAGUUAUUGGAGAGACAUCCUUUGAAGUUGUCAUUGGGGAGACUUCCUUUGAUUAUAGUGUUGGUCACCUUUGGCUAUUGUAUUGGUCUCGUGAUGAUUUGCUAGGUACACAUUGGAACGGUCAUGAAUGCAGUCAGAUUAAUGUUGUAUUUGACAGCAAUAGCCCAAGUGUGGAGGUGAUUAAAUGUGCAGUCCGUUUGAUAUAUGAGCAAGAUGUGGAAGAGUUCAACCAAACAACUGCCCAAUGCAGCACUAGCUGUGUCAUUACUUCUGAGGGUUUAGAUUGCGUCCAUCAUGAAUUUGAAAAUUCAGCAGUAGAAAAAGCUACCAAAAUUAUAAGAACCUAUGAUGACAAUAACAGGGCAGAACAUAGUGCAAGUUGGAGUUUUCAUGAGGAAACUGUAAGAGCAGUGGCCAAAACAAAGGAUGGGAAGAAGGAAAUUAAAGGCGAGCAAUUUAGGUGGUCAAAACCAAUGCAAUGUUUGUUACUUGAGAUACUUGCUAAUGACGCUACUAAAGGAAAUAAGCCAUCCAAUACAUUUAUGCCCAGAUCAUUAGCUCGAGCAGCCCAAGAAAUUAGUGGGAAAUUUGGGGUUGAAUGCCAACUUAAUCAUGUGGAGAAUUGUCUUCGAACCAUUGAAAGCAUUUGGAGUACCAUUACAAAACUACGUAAUAGAAAAAAAAUUUUUGGAUGGAAUGAUAAUCUGAAAAUGAUUACUUGUGAAAAGAAAGUGUAUGAUGAGGAAGUAAUGGCACAUCCAGAUCAUGAGCAAUAUUUGAACAAGAAAAUUGAGAUGUAUGAUAAGAUGGCUCUGAUUUUUUGUAAAGACAAUGCAACAUGGGGUUCUGCAAAGUCUUUUAGUGGUAUUGAAUCAGAAAAAAGGAUCCUUGAAUUGGAGUCAAAUGCUCUAGACAUUGAUUUUGAGAAGGCAUCAAAAGGGAAGCAAGUUAGUUCUUCAAAUGCAGCUUUAUCUGGAGCAAGCUCUCUUAGAAAAAGGAGUCGUAUGAACCAAGAUGCUAAUUAUGGUAAGUUUUCCAAACAACUCCGUAAGGUUGAGCUAGCAAUUAAAAAACUCAAAAAAGAUCAACUUGAUGUGAAUGAGCUUUAUGAAGAAGUUAUGAAGAUAGAAAGGUUUAGCGAAGUUAUGCUUGCAUUUGCCUUUGACUAUUUGGUGGAUAAUGAAAGGGUAGCAAAAGCAUUCAUGGCCAAGAAUGCUAGACUCCGAACAUUGUGGUUAGAGAGUUUCUUUAAUCAAAAUGGUAUUCAUGGGAAUUAGAUAGUAAUGGUUUAAGUCUGUACAAGGUUAUGAAAAAAUAAAUGAUACCAUGAAUCAUGAUUAUGUAGAUGUUUUUUUCGUUUCUCUUAUUUUAUAUUUUGAGAAUCGUAGAUGGUUAA